GAAGCUCCUCGACGACGCUUUCCAAGCUCUUUACGACUAUAAUCAUGCGCUUCGCUACCCUCGCCGCUAUCGCCAGCCUGUUCGCUGCCGCGAAUGCGCACUUCCAGCUUCAGUUCCCCACUCCUCGUGGGCCUUUUGUUGAGGACGAUGAGCCUCACUUCUGCGAUGGCUACACUGACGCUGUCAGCAACCGCAGCACCUUCCCGCUGACUGGCGGGUUUAUUUCGUUGAACAGCGAGCACCCGAAGUGGACGAUUGGCGUCUUGAUCUCGACUGUUCAAAACCCUAACUCGUUCGACAACUUCACAACGGCAAACAACCAGAGCCAGUUCGUCGUUCCUUUCCAGCAGAAAAACGGCGAGGGCCUGUUCUGCCUCGGCCCCAUCGACAUCGGAAACCUCGGUAUCUCCGGUGUCAAUGACGGCGCGAACGUUACCCUCGAGUUUGUCUUCGACGGCGGUGACGGCGAUCUGUACCAGUGCGCCGACCUAACUCUCUCGAGCAACUUCACGGUGCCCUCCGGUACUGCCGGCAGCUGCUCUAAUGUCACCGUGACCGAGGCAUCGUCAUCCGCGGGGGCGACAGCGACCUCUCCGUCUGGCUCCGCAAGCGGGUCCGCAGCCUCGUCAACGCAGACGGCCAGCAGCGCCGAUACGCUCAGGAUAUCGGGCUUUACUGCGUUCCUUUUCGCCGCAGGAGGCGUACUUGCUGCGCUCUGAGUUUUUCACACAGCUAUUUGUGAGGGGAAUAGGGGGCUUUGGGGCUGUGUAAGCGUCACGUUAAAACACAUGGCUGUACAGUAAUACGAUCGAGGGGAUGACGAACCUUCUUUUGUCUCGCCGCGUAGUGACUC